AUGAGGCCACUGUUAGAAUUACUACCAGAAAAAGCACGGCUAAGGGGCCAAGCAAGACCUACUGCCAUGCAAGAGUUGACUCCAGGUGAAGGUGCAAUAAUGAGGAAUUUUAUUGUAGUUGUGAAUAUUCUGGCAUUAACUCUGCCCUUUUUGGCUGCUGAGGUACAAAACCCACAUCCAACAUGCCGUGAAAAGGCUGAAAUACAGUACGAUCAGAAAAGAGUCCUGCAUACACCAGUUGGCUAUAUGCUGAAUAGCAAUCUUUGUUAUGUACCUAAUUACUACCAUCAGAGGCCAUCUGUAGCUGUUAUCCCAUAUGCAUAUCACCCAUUUGUUACCAUACUGCCUCUGCUUAGGUCACUAGCCCAAUUCUCCCAAUGGCAGCCAACACCAAAUUUCCUCCAGCCUACUGGGGUACAUCAUCCCAUUCCAAGCCCAUCCUUUCUUGCCAGUCCUAACAAUGAAAAUGAAGAAAGCACUGUCGUUCCAAAAGUCCAAACCACUGCUCCUGUUGAGACUACACCAGAUCCCAUCACUGAACCAGUGAUGACUACUACUGUAGCCAAUCCAGAAGCUUCUACGGUGCUAAUCAAUGCCCCUGAGGCUGUCACAGUCCCGGUAUCUUCACCUGCAGCAUAA